GGAGGCUUCGUUGAACGUAAAACAUAGGCCACAAGAAGUAAAUGCCUCCUUUAAUGCAUUCUUCAUGAUACACCAUCGACAAGAUCUCUUUGCAGCAUUUGUUUCCUUUUUGUUUUCCUGAAUUUUACCUAUAUCAAGAAUGUCUGUUACUUAGAUUCCUUUUCUGGGUUUUUUUCUUUGGUUGUUAUUCUUAUUUGAACAGAGCGAAAAGCUUCUGCCCUAUUUGUUUAACUAUUUGGCAUCUUUUAGAAAGAAAAAUGGGUAUACUGAGCACUAUAUUGGGUAUUUUCGGCUUCGGAAUUGGGACUCCAAUUGGUUUGAUCAUUGGCUAUUUCGUAUUCAUAUACGUUCUGCCUACUGAUGUUGAGGAUAUAAAAGUUCAUCCUUUGGUCGAGGAUGACACAGAGACUAUGCAGCGGUUGCUUCCAGAGAUCCCUCUGUGGGUCAAAAAUCCAGAUUUCGACCGAGUUGACUGGCUUAACAAAUUUCUUGAGUGCAUGUGGCCUUAUAUGGACAAGGCAAUUUGUGCAACCGCCAAGAGUAUAGCGAAGCCCAUUAUUGAUGAGCAAACUCCACAAUACAAAAUUGAUUCAGUUGAAUUUGAAACUCUCACUCUUGGCACCGUACCACCAAAUUUUCAAGGAAUGAAAGUCUAUGUUACUGACGACAAGGAACUUAUAAUGGAACCAUCAAUUAAGUGGGCAGCGAAUCCUAACAUCACAAUCGCUGUUAAAGCUUAUGGAUUAAAAGCCACUGUUCAGGUUGUUGAUUUGCAAGUAUUUGCUCUUCCUCGAAUCACUCUGAAGCCGUUGGUCAGUGUCAUUCCUUGUUUCGCCAAUAUAUUUGUCUCCCUAAUGAACAAGCCUCAUGUUGACUUUGGGCUGAAGUUACUUGGGGCAGAUCUUAUGGCCAUUCCUGGAUUAUACAUGUUUGUCCAGGAGCUCAUAAAAGAUCAAGUUGCAAAUAUGUAUCUGUGGCCCCAAACCUUAGAAGUGCAAAUAAUGGAUCCUGCAAUAGCUGUGAAGAGACCUUUAGGAAUUCUUGAUGUUAAAGUUCUGAAGGCAAUGAAGCUUCAGAAGAAAGAUUUCCUCGGCAAAUCGGAUCCUUAUGUGAAACUAAAUUUAAUGGAUGAAAAACUAGCGGUGAAGAAAACUACUGUGAAAUGCUCCAACUUGAACCCUGAAUGGGAUGAGGAAUUUAGUUUUGUUAUUAAAAAUCCAUAUGCUCAAACUUUGGAGUUAAAAGUCUAUGACUGGGACCAGGUUGGCACACAUGAAGAGAUGGGCAUGAAUAUUGUUCCAUUGAAAGAUCUUACACCUGAUGAGCCAAAAGUUCUAACUCUUGAUCUGAAGAAAAAUAUGAACACGGAUGAUCCACAAAACAACAAGUCACGGGGGCAGCUUGUUAUCGAAGUCAUGUACAAACCUUUCAAGGAGGAUGAGAUGUUAGAUGACACUGAGGAAGCAGAUAUGAUAGAAAAAGCCCCAGAUGGAACACCAAAAGGUGGAGGUUUGCUUGUAGUUAUUGUGCAUGAAGCUGAAGAUCUCGAAGGAAAGUACCACACAAAUCCACAUGUGCGUUUGUUGUUCAAAGGGGAGGAGAGAAAAACAAAGCGUACAAGGAAAAACAGAGAUCCAAGAUGGGAUGAGGAAUUUCAGUUUACUUUGGAUGAACCUCCCGCAAAUGAGAAACUUCACGUGGAAAUCUUCAGUACAUCCUCCAGGAUAGGAUUACUGCAUUCCAAGCAGGAAUCUUUGGGGCAUGUUACUAUAAGCCUAGCUGAUGUUGUUAAUAACAGAAGAAUCAAUGAGAGGUAUCAUCUCAUUGACUCAAAGAAUGGUCGGAUUCAAAUUGAAUUGCAGUGGAGAACUUCUUAAGUAUGUCACAGUUUGCUUUUUCGUUUUUGGAAAGUUUGUAAGAGAUUUUAGUCCAGUUGUUCUCUGUUGCUAGCAAUUUAUAUAUCAUUGCCACUUUGUUUUACCCUUCUCUUCUACGUUUU